GUCGUGUGUUGCUGCAGUCUUCCUGUCCUCCACGAGGUGGAGUCCCAGCGCCAGUAAUCCUCCCGGAGGCCCUGCAGCUCCCAUCGACGCCCCUGAGCUGAGCUGAGCUGAGUUGAGCUGCAGCCGGUCGGGACACAGUGACGGAUUGGCAACAAAAACAAAGAAAACUUGUGCGUGUGUCUCAUCCAUUAUUUAUUUAUGUACCAAACUUCUUCUGGGGGAAUGAGUUCGCGUUUGAAGCAGCCGAGGCACACGCUACUAAGAAGCUCCGCUCAUCACACCGUUCCGGCUUCAUCCGUCCAUCUGCCUCAUCAACACCAGAUCGGAAAAAGCCAAUUGGAUGACCCUUUGAAAGUGGAUUCACUAAAACCUUUCGUCACUCACCCGUUCCCCACAUCCUGAGAGUCUUCGAAAGGACACAACUUUUCCCGGGGAUUUCCAGGUGUUGUGCGAGAGCCGUUCACUUCCACCCAGCGGCCUGCUGCGGACCCCUGGGUGUGCUCCGUCGCCAUGGCUACCAACAGGGAACAGCAGGUGGGUCACAUGACCGGCUUCCCACCUGCUGUCUACCCCUUCGCCUUCAACUCCAUGAGAAGCCACUCCCCUUUCGACCUGCUGGCCAACAGCAGCCUGUUUGGGAGGUUCGGUGCUGACCUGCCCAAAGAGAUGGCCGCUCUCUCGGUGGAGACCCAGAGCACCAGCUCAGAGGAGAUGGUACCCAGUUCUCCGUCUCCACCUCCCCCACCUCGUGUCUACAAGCCCUGCUUUGUGUGCCAGGACAAGUCCUCAGGGUACCACUACGGGGUCAGCUCCUGUGAGGGCUGCAAGGGUUUCUUCCGCCGCAGUAUCCAGAAGAACAUGGUGUACACCUGCCAUCGAGACAAGAACUGUCAGAUUAACAAGGUCACACGCAACCGCUGCCAGUACUGCAGGCUGCAGAAGUGCUUCGAGGUCGGCAUGUCCAAGGAAGCGGUGCGUAAUGACAGAAACAAAAAGAAGAAGGAUGUGAAGGAGGAGCUGGUGCUUCCAGAGAGCUAUGAGCUAAGUGGAGAGCUAGAGGAGUUGGUCAAUAAAGUCAGCAAAGCUCACAAAGAAACCUUCCCGUCACUUACCCAGUUGGGCAAAUACACCACCAACUCCAGCUCAGACCACCGGGUCCAGCUGGAUCUGGGUUUAUGGGACAAGUUCAGCGAGCUCUCCACCAAAUGCAUCAUCAAGAUUGUGGAAUUCGCCAAGCGGCUGCCAGGUUUCACCACCCUCACCAUCGCUGACCAGAUCACUCUGCUGAAGUCGGCCUGCCUGGACAUACUGAUGCUGAGGAUCUGCACACGCUACACACCAGAACAGGACACUAUGACCUUCUCAGACGGCCUGACUCUGAACCGGACUCAGAUGCACAACGCCGGCUUCGGACCUCUCACAGACCUGGUGUUUGCCUUCGCUGGCCAGCUUCUACCCCUGGAGAUGGACGACACAGAGACCGGCCUCCUCAGCGCCAUCUGCCUCAUCUGUGGAGAUCGUAUGGAUCUAGAGGAGCCCCAGAAAGUGGAUAAGCUGCAAGAGCCUCUACUUGAGGCUCUGAAGAUCUACGCCCGCCGCCGUCGCCCCAACAAACCUCACAUGUUCCCUCGCAUGCUGAUGAAGAUCACCGACCUCAGGGGCAUCAGCACUAAGGGUGCAGAGAGAGCCAUCACUCUAAAGAUGGAGAUCCCCGGGCCUAUGCCUCCUUUGAUCAGGGAGAUGCUCGAGAACCCAGAGGCCUUCGAAGACCAAACAGAGGACAACGAGAGCCCGCCGCCUCCGCCACCGCCGCCACCUCCACCGCCGCCCGCCCAGGUCAAGCAGGAGGCAGAGGACGAGGACGACAGCUGGGCCACAGAGAACGGCAGCGAGCCGUCGCCGGAGGAGGAGGACGAAGACGACGACGACGACGUGGGGGAUGAAGAUCGAGACAGGGGCUCGGACAGUGACGGGGAGCCUUGGGGCGUUCUGGACGCCAUAGACGGGCCGAGGAAAGGCCUGGUUGGGAGGGCGCAGUGAACAGAGCAUUUCAUACAUACACACACAGGUUCAAACACACACAUACAUAAAGACAACACAACCUCACUCCUUCUCCCACCUCAUCAAAAUGCUGGCCUUCCCUCCCCCCUCCUCUCUCCGUGCUGCACAUCACUGUGUCCUCCACAGCGGAGCACAGCAGAGCCUUAUGUGUACAGACACCUCUAACUCAGGCCACAUGGUCCAUGACAAGUGAACUACAGAAAAAUAAAGUAAAGGAGGAGAUGACAAUAAAUCAUAUGAACUCCUGGCGUAGCCAAGAGGGAAAUUAAACGUGACAAAAAGAACAGAACCUCUUUGAGAAAACGAAAUGUCUCUUUUUUUCCCACUGUUGUUGUUUAUAUCGAAAUAGGGGAACGGCCAAACCAGACACCAGAACUGAGCAGUUGAUUCCGAUGGAUUACAACAAGCACAUUUCUCAAACAAGAGUACAGGGCAAAACCAAAUCGAGUAUGCUAAUCUUUUGUUUUUGUGGUUAUGAAUAUUGUUUUCAGUUUUACUUUUUUUUUUCAAUUUAUGAAUAAGUCCAUACAUAUCUAUAUACCAUUA